AUGACAAACAUACGAAAAACACACCCAUUAUUUAAAAUUAUUAACCACUCAUUCAUUGACCUACCUGCCCCAUCCAACAUUUCAUCAUGAUGAAACUUUGGGUCCCUUCUAGGAGUCUGCCUAAUAGUCCAAAUCAUUACAGGUCUUUUCUUAGCCAUACACUACACAUCAGAUACAAUAACAGCCUUUUCAUCAGUAACACACAUUUGUCGAGACGUAAAUUACGGGUGACUAAUCCGAUAUAUACACGCAAACGGAGCCUCAAUAUUUUUUAUUUGCUUAUUCCUUCAUGUCGGACGAGGCUUAUAUUAUGGAUCAUAUACAUUUAUAGAAACCUGAAACAUUGGAGUACUUCUACUGUUCGCAGUCAUAGCCACAGCAUUUAUAGGCUACGUCCUUCCAUGAGGACAAAUAUCAUUCUGAGGUGCCACAGUUAUUACAAACCUCCUAUCAGCCAUCCCAUAUAUUGGAACAACCCUAGUCGAAUGAAUUUGAGGGGGCUUCUCAGUAGACAAAGCCACCUUGACCCGAUUCUUCGCUUUCCACUUCAUCUUACCAUUUAUUAUCGCGGCCCUAGCAAUCGUUCACCUCCUCUUCCUCCACGAAACAGGAUCAAACAACCCAACAGGAUUAAACUCAGAUGCAGAUAAAAUUCCAUUUCACCCCUACUAUACAAUCAAAGAUAUCCUAGGUAUCCUAAUCAUAUUCUUAAUUCUCAUAACCCUAGUAUUAUUUUUCCCAGACAUACUAGGAGACCCAGACAACUACAUACCAGCUAAUCCACUAAACACCCCACCCCAUAUUAAACCCGAAUGAUAUUUCCUAUUUGCAUACGCCAUUCUACGCUCAAUCCCCAAUAAACUAGGAGGUGUCCUAGCCUUAAUCUUAUCUAUCCUAAUUUUAGCCCUAAUACCUUUCCUUCAUACCUCAAAGCAACGAAGCCUAAUAUUCCGCCCAAUCACACAAAUUUUGUACUGAAUCCUAGUAGCCAACCUACUUAUCUUAACCUGAAUUGGGGGCCAACCAGUAGAACACCCAUUUAUUAUCAUUGGCCAACUAGCCUCCAUCUCAUACUUCUCAAUCAUCUUAAUUCUUAUACCAAUCUCAGGAAUUAUCGAAGACAAAAUACUAAAAUUAUAUCCAU